UAUAUAUAUUUUAAGAACAAAAAGUAGCUGUCGUUUAACGUCAGAACCUCAAGGCUCUUGUUGAUUAUUUUUAUAUAGAUUUUUUUUUUUUAGAUUUGUCCUUUUUUUCCGUCACCAUUUUUUACUUAAAAGAUUGGAUGAUGGUUGGGGAAAUGGAAACAAAGGAGAAACCGAAGCCGACCCCAGACUACCUAAUGCAAUUAAUGAACGAUAAGAAGCUCAUGAGCAGCCUGCCCAACUUCUGUGGGAUAUUUAAUCACCUGGAGAGGCUUCUGGAUGAAGAAAUAAGCAGAGUACGAAAAGACAUGUACAAUGACACGAUGAAUGGUAGCAAUGAAAAAAGAAGUGCUGAACUUCCUGAUGGAAUUGGACCUAUUGUACAAUUGCAAGAAAAACUUUAUGUGCCUGUAAAAGAAUACCCAGACUUCAACUUUGUUGGUCGCAUUUUGGGGCCUAGAGGACUAACCGCGAAACAGCUAGAAGCUGAGACAGGGUGUAAGAUUAUGGUCCGAGGGAAAGGUUCAAUGAGAGAUAAAAAAAAGGCUGUUACCAAUAUACUGGAAUGCAGUAUGUUGGCUCUAAACAAGGAGGAACAAAACAGAGGAAAACCAAACUGGGAGCACCUUAAUGAAGACCUACAUGUAUUGAUAACUGUAGAAGAUGCACAGAACAGAGCAGAAGUAAAGCUGAAGAGAGCAGUGGAAGAAGUAAAAAAAUUACUUGUUCCAGCAGCAGAAGGAGAAGACAGUUUAAAAAAAAUGCAGCUGAUGGAACUGGCCAUCCUUAACGGUACCUACAGGGAUGCCAAUUUAAAAUCACCAGCCCUUGCCUUUUCUCUUGCAGCAACAGCUCAGGCUCCAAGGAUAAUGACUGGGCCUGCACCUGUAUUGCCACCAGCUGCCCUGCGUACACCUACGCCAGCUGGACCUACCUUAAUGCCUUUGAUCAGACAAAUACAGACAGCCGCUGUCAUGCCAAAUGGAUCUCCACAUCCAACUGCUACGUUAGUUUCUCAAGGUCCUGAAGCAGGCUUGAUCUACACACCCUAUGAAUAUCCUUACACACUGGCCCCAGCUACAUCAAUCCUUGAAUACCCCAUUGAAACAAGCGGGGUGUUAGGUGCGGUGGCUACAAAAGUUCGAAGGCAUGAUAUGCGGGUCCAUCCUUACCAAAGGAUUGUGACCUCAGACAGAGCCGCCACCGGCAACUAACCUAUGACCUUCUGACCUCUGAACUCUUCACCCAAUGAUGACCUGACCAUGCCUGCCUGCUGAUCAGUUAACUGGUAAUCACCUCUGCUUGUCUGUCUUCAGUGCAGCGAGCUGAGGCACUUGUCCGUUCGUCUUACCAUCUAACACAGAAUAAAUUCUUCCAACUCAGCUUUAUUUUAUUCCCUAUGGGUGGGUAAAAAUGAUUCUAGUACCUGCACUGAAUAAUAGCAAAGCAAUAAGGUCAAGAUUUUCCCGCACGGAUCAUCUUUUACUGUCCCAACCAAGCGAACGGUAUAAAGGCCUCACCUUCAGUACCCAUGAAAAAAGCUGAUCGCCAACUACCGAUGACAGGGGCAGUUACUGUGAGAGACUCCUAAGAAACUUUUUUCAUAUAGUGAAGUUAAACGCUAUCUCUGAAUGUACUGUGUUGUGGUGAUGCAUCAUGCAUGAACCUGUCUGGUCAGGGAUUUCACUGGUGAAGUGAUUAUUAAAAAAAAAAAAAAGAAAAAAAGAAAAUGCAUAUUAAGUCACUACAGUGCCCUCAUAGGGUUAAAGUUGCAAUCUUGUUUUCCUUGUGAUAUUGCCUGCCAAAUUUUGUUAUAUUGGUAAAGGGUGCCAUGAUUAACUGAUUAACCACAUAGCAAGUAUUUUGGGUGGAUUUCAGUGUUGCAAUCUCAAUUAAAAGAAUAUGUUGCAAAGCUGUUAAACUAUUAUACUCAGAUUCUUAGGAGUAUUUUGGAAAAAGGUACAUGCAUUAUGUAUCACAUUACUGAGCAAACUGUUCAAAUAUUUGUUUUGUAGACCUCCCUGUAUAGAAAACUACAUUAAGGAUGUAAAAGCCAUGCUUGCCUAUUUGCUGUAUAAUUGUAAUGACGUUGUAGAUAAGUGUAGUGCAUUGAGCAAAAUGAACAAAAAGUAGAUACUUUUACAAUACAAGGGUGCUGGUGUAGAAAAAAUAUAUUUUUGGAAAUGUAGCAUUUUAUACUUCCAA